GUUAUUUGUUAUAUUAUAGAAUUUAGAAUGUCUAAUUCUGUGCAAAAAGUUAUUGCUUUAUACAAAAAAGUGUCCAAAACGAAUUUCAUAUUAAUUAACUCAAUUCAAAGUGGAAUUUUGUUAGUUUCUAGUGAUUUUAUUGCUCAAAAAUUUGUAGAAAAAAAAGAACAUGUGAAUUUGUCUAGAUCAUUACAAUUUUUAACAAUAGGAGCAACAUUUGUGGGUCCAUUUUCAUCAGUAUUCUUUAAAAGACUGCACAUUUCCUACGCAACAAGUAAACAACAAAAAAGGAAUAUAGUUAUUCAAAAAGUAGCAUUGGAUCAGCUAAUUUUUGCGCCAACUUUAGUUGCAGGAAUGAUGUUCCUUAAAAACGCCCUACAAGGGGAAUCAAUUGAGGAAAUCAAAUUGGAAUUUCAAGAUAAAUAUGUGAAUAUUAUGCAAAUGAAUUAUUCACUCUGGCCCUUUUUGAAGUUGUUUAAGUAUUACUUUGUGCCACUGCAUUUCCAAGUGCUUUAUUCGCAAGGUUUUGCGUUUUUGUGGAACAUUUACAUGACGUGGAAGAUCAAUUGUAAACGGGAUGUUGGGGCUAGACUCGAAUUAUGAUUGUAGAUUAAUUUACUUGUUUAUAUUUGUAAUGUGUACGUUAUGGAGUAAAAUGUUUUAAAAGAAAAUGGUCUGAAAAAUUUAAAUAAAAUUAUGUAAUAAAAAAUCAA